AUGUACAUUCAACUUUGGAGUCAAUUACAAAUCCAUUUAUGAUCCUAACAUAUGUAAUAUGAUAUUUUAUAGAAAUAAAUAGGAUAUAAAGUGACGAGAUUAUCACUAGUACAUAGAAGCUCUAUAUUGGCGAUUGUGAACCUAUUUUCAGUGGCGUUUUUUUAGAACCUUCCGUGCUAAGGGCCAGUAGAAAUUAUCAUGGAGGUGACCAAGCGCUAGUGUACGUGAGGGUUGGGAGAUCUAGGUCGUGAGGCCCACAUGGAGGUGGCAGCAACACUCGAGCGUGGGCAGGGGACGACGACUGAUUCCUGGUACUGGACCGACCGUCGACCUACGCGGUCGCUAUAGAGGGAAUAGGAAGUUGGGCCGAGUCCGAAGUAGGCCUAGGUUUAUUCCCAUUUAUAUUUUUCUCCUAUUUUCUAUUUUUUUAUUUCAAAUCGGAUCCCAAUUCAAAAUUGAGUUUGGGUUUUCAUUUCAAUUGAAACACACAAUCAAAAUUCAACAUGGGUGCAAUUUAAUUAUUUUGCUAAUUUAUUUGAGAAAUUUAUUCAAGUAUGCAAUGCACACACAUUAUUCAUCUUGGUCAAAAUAAAUGAUUUCGAAAGUGAAAUCUUGGUUUAGAAGAUAUUUUAUUUUGAUUUUUUUGGAGGACUUUUCCUAAAAUAAUUCGCAUCUAGAUUUUGGAGCCGGUUAAUAAAAGUGUCUGAUACUAGUACGUACCAUACAGCAGAUAGAUAUUCAGGUUCCUUCAAAUAGUAAUAUAGUCAGGGGCAAAUCAUCCUGCCGCGCGCCGCACGUAGGUAGCUACGAUUCGAUUCGUGCUAGGAUUUAGUCGUCCUGUCGUCGCACCAGCAUUACUAGCAUUCAGCAACACCAAUGGCUGAGAAGAAGAUGCUUACGCUGAGGACCUCCGACUGCGAGGAGUUCGAGGUGGAGGAGGCGGUGUUGAUGAAGUCAGAGAUCAUUCGCUUCAUGAUCGAGGACGACUGCGCCGACAACGUCAUCCCGCUCGCCAACGUGAAUUCCAAGACUCUCGCCCUGGUCAUCGAGUACUGCAACAAGCACGUCCACGCCGAAGUCGCGGAGACCACCAGCGCCUCAUCAGCUGGGGGCGGCGGCGAGGUCGACCUCAAGAAGUGGGACGCGGAGUUCGUCAAGGUCGCGCCGGCGACGCUCUUCGACCUCAUCAUGGCUGCCAACUAUCUCGACAUCAAGGGGUUGCAGGGCCUGACCUGCCGGGCGGUGGUCGACAUGAUCCAGGGCAAGUCACCGGAGGAGAUCCGCAAGACCUUCAACAUCAAGAACGACUUAACCAAAGAGGAGGAGGAGGCGAUCCGUAGCGAGAACUCCUGGGCCUUCGACCCGCUCCCCGUCCGUAGUAGUGGACCGCGGUGGUUACUGUUAGCUUUGAUCUCGAUUGCUAGUUUGCUCGUCUGCAGUUAUCUUCUGAUCUGAUAAUACAUUAAUAAGUAGUUCGUUUUGUCUACAAUUAUUAGCUGAUAUAUAUUGAGGAGUUCGUCUGUGAUCUGCAGUUAUCAGCUAAUAUAUUAAGUAUUUAGGAAU